AUGACGCCAUUGCCAGCGAAAGCUGAGAUGAGUGCCAGAGAGAAACUAGAACAGCUGAAGAAGCAGCGAGCGGAAAACCUAACUAGACUUGCUGCCCCUCAGAGAAGCUAUCUGAGCCCUAACGGUCCUGUGACACCUAAUGUAGUGCCCACGGUUUCGCCAAUGGAUAGUAUAAUGACUACCAACGCGCGUCGAAAAAUUAGAUUGAAGCCAGGGCAUUCACCACUAGACUGGGAGACAAAAAAGAAGACAUCGAACAUGAAAGGCUCCAUUGAUCCUAGAGAUUUUCCAUUGCGAGUGACAAAGGAGGAGCUGAACAAACAUAAUAAAGAGAAUGAUUUUUGGAUUUGUCUAAAUCAUAAGAUAUACAAUUUAUCACCCUAUCUUGAUUACCAUCCGGGGGGUGUUGAGAUCUUGAUGAAGUGUGCCGGAAAAGACGGGACGUUUUUGUUUAACAAAUACCAUAAAUGGGUGAAUUAUGAAAGGAUCCUAGAUGCAUGUUUUAUAGGUUUUCUGGUCUGA